GGGUGACGAACGUGCAACAGGUAGAGAUAUACACGCGCACCCCUGUGUACACGUACGCCCGGUGAUUUAAAGUUUCGCAGUAUCCGGAGGGGCUUUCUCUGCCUGGUCCGACGCUGUCUUUCUCCCCGUAUACCUAGCUAGUUAUCCCUCGCGUCGCGUCGUCGCCACGGGACCCACUGGCUGCUUCCCUAACCAUAGGGAUGGUUGUUCCCCCCUGUACGCGACCAACCAACUCGACACCUAUGCUUACCGAUCUUUCUCUCCUUCCCUAUCCCGAAUACUUGGAAGACGAGACGAUACAGGACUUUCUCGAUACAUUCAAACGUCACGUAUCUCGAGAUUUUCCCGAUCGAGCUUACGUACCGAGCUUAUAUACCGAUCGCACUCUGCCUCAAACGGCCCGUUAUUGCGGGCGAUCAUCUCUUCGUUCGGAUUCCGUUUUAUCGGCUGCCAUUGAACGUUACACGCGCGUGUUACACGUACGUGUAACGUGUUACGUCCAAAGUUUUUCCGUCCUUCUUCCCGAGACGAGUUUCCUUCCCGCCUUGUCUUUCGCUCUGAAUGUUGCUCGAAGCGAGGCAAUUGCGUCACCGUCGUCGCGCUCAAUGCGAAUCGAAAGUGUCGCUUGCAUAUACGUGCAAUGCAUGUUGCAAUGCAGUUUUCUAGAGCGUGACCGCGUAUCGUGCGGAUUAACGUAUACCUGUAUCUAUCUAUCCGAGUCUCGCGGAGCGAUAAGAGCUCUCUCGAGAAAAUUCUUCGUCCGCGGCGGGUUCCAACCGGGGGAGACGGGGGCCCCCGAGCACAGUGGAAAUCCUUGCGAUAUUAAAGAACCAAUAAACGUCAAGAGGCAACGAGUUUCCAGUUAUUUGGCCGGAAGGAGGAUAUCGGAUGGGUGGGCGCGUGCGCGCCUCGCCGAGAAGAAGAAAAAAAAAAAAACUAUCCGACGUGUAUGGCGAAGUAACUUUCAAACUACGACAGUGUCCGGAAUUGGUUUGCUAAAUUUCGUUGCCGACGAGAACGUCAAAAUCGUUCUUUUUGUCGAAAAAGAUGGGAACUUUGAACGCGGAGUCGAACGAAGUUGCCUGAAAGGGAAACGCAGUCACCUAUUGGCCAGCCAAACGCACAGCUUUCAAUAGGAGUCUCGUACGAUGUCAAAGAAUACAGUGACGCUGCUGCUUUAUCGAUAUUUUUGAAUUUUUUCGCAUCAAGAAACGCAGAUUACGAUUUCCUUGGCUGUUGUUUCGCGCGUAGAGCAUACACGUGCUAUGCGCAUGAAGUAUUUAUCGUCGGAGCCGAUAUCGUUACGAAAUGGCGUUCUCUAGGAGUAAUUGUAUUACAGAGGCGAACGAGGUACAUAAUUUAAAAGGAAGCUCGUUAGUCAGUCGACGUGCACAGUGCAACGAAAUGCAACGAAAGUCAGGAAGCGAGAUGGAUCGACAGCCGAAGACAAGCGAACAGACGAAAGUCGUGUCAUCGUUACUGAUGAUGGUCGCUGCUUAUUUAGCUUUGGCUUCCGGGUAGCGUGUAGCUGGAACAUCGUCUACAGUUCUACAGCUAGCCAUUUCUUGUCCCAUUUCGCCUCUCGUGUGUAUUUACGAUAAUUUUUUUAAGUGAAAAUUUCCUCUUUGCUCGUAACUUCACGUUCCCAUUUCUAUGCCAAUGCGCGUCAAUUAAGUAAACGGCAUCGAUCGAUCUAGGAACUCGGAAUUGUAUCAUUAUCCGGUCGUAUUGAAUGGACGCCACUCAAUCUCGUUAACCGUGAAUUUCCUUAAUUGCUUCGUGGCCAGAUGCGCGGAAAGUGGCACGACCUUUUAAAGACAGUUACCGCGGACGUCCAUUUACCUGGCCUCGUGUACGGCGCUUAACCAGUCUGCUAACU